AUGGAGGCAUACUUUGAUGGCCAGGAGCUGUUAAUAUGCCGCACCAAGCCCUAUGAUUUUACAUUUUUGAACACAGCUGGGUUCAAGACCUUUGCACAAUGGUUCCUGGGCGAUCCUAGUGGUGAUACGUCCAGAGAAGCGGUCCGGACUCAAUGGGACAAUCAUGGAUUGAGGGUGCUUGGGUUAGGUGUUUUCAAGGUGCUAUAA